AUGAUCUGUGAUAAUGACACGAAUAAAGGCAUGACGUCCACAGGGUUCUUAGUGUAUCCUCCUGAACUACUGGAUGAUGUUGAGCUGUCUGCCUGGCUGGCUACAGUGUUUUACUCAGCAUUUGUCAGUCUUGCCCCCACACGCUCUAUUUACCAGUGUUUCCGUCUUCCCGGCAGCUUCUCUGAGCACCGCCAAGCAGCACCAAAGAGGCACGAGUACGUGAGCCUCUCCCUGCACCGAGCAUCGCCAUCCAGGACCAGAGAGGCACGACUACGUGAGAUGAGCCCAGCGGUACCAGCCUGCCCUCACUGGAUGAUGAGGAGUUCCAGCUGCCGCCUGUAGGAGAGUUGCCCACCCUGGAAAGCAUUUUGAAGGAGGACGGCCUUGACCUGGCCUACCCCACGCCACCCCAGCCUAAGAUUCCAGAAGAAAAGAGACUUAAAUCAAAUUUAUAAAGAAAAACUACAGCCAUAGCAGUGACCAGCAUUUAGACAAAACUGGAUACCAGUUAUAGAAAAGAAAUUUCAGUAUUAUUAAAUAAACUGCCACAUGCACAUAUACUGCAAAAGCUCAAUAUCUACAGCUUCUACAACAGAGAUGCAACAGACGUACAACACACAUCACAGGUGAGUAGUCAGGGUGGGCAGUGGUGGAGGGCUGGCAGGACACUUCACUCCCACCUCAGCAGAUUCCUGUACCUGUGACUAGAAGCAACUUGGGGGAGUCUGCAGGCUCAAUACAUAUACAUCUCCCUCUCCCUUGAUGCCAAGACAAAACAUACAUACACCUCAACCUCGAUGUAGUGAAAAAUAACAGGAAAGUAACAUUGACUGCUUAACUCCUUUCAGAUCCAUGGCAGUAAGAGGGAAACGGAAGAACUUUUGUUUUCCAAUGAAUGUGAAGGUAAUGUGGUGGAAAUACUAUUUAUAGGUUUCUUUUCCUAUAGAUUAAUUUAACUUACUGUUGGUUAAUUGGUUACUCACCCUAUGUACAAGUUGGUUUGUUUUUGACUCAUCUCUUAUGGUGGUAAUAUGUACUAUUAGAUUAGAUGCAAGUGAACAAUGAAAAACACAUCCAAUAUUCUUCAGUAAUUAUUUUUGUCAUAGCAUCAAGGAUUCACAAGUGUUUAUUGUAAAUCAUAACUUAAGAUAAAUCUGGAUAGGUUUCAAAAUAUUUACAGUAAAUAACUAAAAUAUAAAUGAAGUGCAUGAGUUACAAUAAAGCAGUUGAGAGGAUGAGUAUUGAGUUGUGACUGUCCACCACUCAUGAGAUAACAUUAGUCAGCCCUCCACCUGUGCCAGGAAAAACAAAACUCUCCACUUGCACCAGCUGUGUCACAUCUGUGCCUAGCUAUUCAGGUACUGUCUACAUGUGUAUGAAUCCUGUUUUCAUGUCUUUAUUUUUCAUUGUUUGUAGAGAUGAAUAGGACACUCACAUAACUAGUUUCUAGCCAGUGACAUUGUUAUUGAGCAAAACUCCUCAGAACAUGAUGAAUGUUUCACUUGUCUCUGAGUCACCGCCACACUGCACUUGGUAUUGUUUUGUAAGCCCACUCACUUGCGGUAAACGUACGUACUUCCAAACAUACAUUGUUUAACACUGAGCAUAAUACAUAUUCCAUUUAAUGAUGUUACCUAUAUAACUCCAUCAUUUAAACUUUUCUUGUUAUUACAAUAGAACAUGUUUAUUUUCAUAGGAUUACAAUGCUGAAGGAUUGCUUUCACUAGGUUAUUACAACUAUAUCUUUCAAUGAGGAAGAAAUCUAUUUGGGUGACCAUUUUCUUUCUAGACAAUACAGUGAAAAUUUACUUUAAUUCACAACCUUCUAAUUCUUAGGCUGGACAUGGUACGCAGGUGUCCAAUGUGGGGGAGUUCGAGAAUAUGUAGCAUUUUUAGGAUAGUUACCACUGGUAUCAAUAUAUUCACGAACUGUUUGUGCUGAGUCUCGCAUGUCCCACAUUUCUCUCGCAUCACGAAGGUCCCUUAAGUUUCCAGAACGCACAUUUCUCAUCUCUCUCGCCUCGUGUGGCUUCUCCUGUUCUUUUGUGUCCUUGACAUCCCGCAUGUGUUCUAACCAAGAGGGGAGUUCCCGUCCAGCUUCCCGUGGUGGACCCUCCGGAUGGAGGGGAUGGUGUUGGUGAUGGUGGUGGUGUUGUUCCCUCAUGUCCACAUCACUUGGCUCCCACUUCUCCACACCUUCUGGUGCUCCUACUCCACCAGGAAUCCCAACUCGUGGCUCCUCAUACUGGGAAGUGUGCCGCAUUGGGUCACGUUUUUUCCUGUCGUAGGGGACCCUAGGGUGGGGCCGGCCAUUGUAUACCCCUGACUCAAAGCUGUUCAGAGCAGCGCCAUGUGUCAUGUGGGAGAAGCGGUUGCCCAGGAGGUGGUGGGUGUUGGGUACGUGGGCUGCAGCACAACCUGGCUGGCCUGGGGGUACUAUACUAGAAGUGAUGGUAGGGAAUGGACCACAGAAAUUUACACUAAUGGAAAUUGGGUGAAGGACAGGUGAUAUGUCUGAAAGACCAGACAUGAUGGGGGCAAUUAGGGAGUUGUCGAUUGUUAAUGGAACAUAGAAGCUGCCAUUCUGGUUAAGGGCAAAAAUGGGGACAGUUCCUGCAGACCCCAUCUCAGGCACCUGUCUGUGGGGGGAGCUGCUCCCCAUUUGGUUUUCACAUUUGGGAGUGGGAGUUGGUGAUCUCUGGUUCUUCUCUGGCACAGGGCUGUCAUGUCCAUCCAGCAGCUUGGCUGAAUCUGUCGGGAAAUUUUCUUGGGAUGGGGUGGCCCGGGAGGCUGGGCCAGUGGGUGUCACUCGGUCCUUUUCAUAAUCUGUGUAGUUUCCACAAGACGAUUCAGAAUCCCUCCGCUUCUUUCUCACUUGGUGGGACUGCUCCAGGUCAGCACUGAAUCGGUGCUUCAUGUUGGACUUGAAUUUGUAGAGGCGGCUGCUAUUACUGUUGUUGUUGUCAUCACCGCUUGAAGAGUUGUUGGAGCUCAGGCCCGAGGAAUACCCUCCACACCGCCGUUCUCCACUGUUUCCUGGACCAGAGUGCUGCUGCAGGAUCUCACGCAGCUGACUGCCAACCCCAGAGCUGCCAUCCAGAGAGGAGGAACUACCCAGUUUGUCUUCUCUUUCAUCUGAACCCUGACGAUCUUCAGACCGGUAUGCAGACUCUUCUAAUGAGGAGAAACAUUAUAUGAGUAUCUUUCUUUGAAGAGUAAGAUAGUUUACCUUGGGAGAAAUUUUAUUUAUGAGUGUGCUGUUGAAGAAUCUCUGCAAAAGCUAAACAUGAACAUUUAGCAUCUUUGUGAAAGUUGAUGAAUUUUAAAAGGAUGAUCCAUACAUUCAAGUUUUUGCAAAGACUAGUAUUUACUAUUAUCUAUUCAAAUUAUUUUAAGAUGAUUUUUCACUGGUAUUUUGGUGUAAUAUAAUUCAAUCUUGAACUGAUAAGAUUACUGUUUCGGACUACAUGCUGAGUCCUUUUGCAACCAUAGUGACUUGACACAGAACCUAGUGACUUGUUGCAACAAUAAAAACUGUGGUCCAAAGUCUGAGGUAUGAUGAAAGGGAAUAAAUAUAGUGUCAAAGUGACAGCUUCUAUCUUAAAAGUUAAUAAGGACAAUGUUUACACCUCAGACUGAAGUAAUUAUAAACUAUGCAAAUGAAUAAUAGAUAAUUGUAAUUAUUAAGAUACUGAAUUAUGAUACAUUUUUGUUUGAUUGAAAGUAAGUAGUGCUUUUCAAGUGGGUUGAUUUAGACUUCUCAGUAAAGUCUUCCAUAGCUCUUUCACACAUACAGAUAUGAAUGCACACACACACACACACACACACACACACACACACACACACACACACACACACACACACACACACACACACACACACACACAGCC